AAAUAAAACGCAACGGCGACUCCAUUAACGCUCUCGAUAACAACCGUUUUUCCAGUGCAAAAAUCCGAUAGGAAAGAUGGACUCUAAAAUACCGAAACCAUCGUUUCUAAAGAAGCCCGCUGCCAUCAGUACGCUCAGUUUGCCCGGCAACGCUCGGUUACCGUUAAGCAGAGAUCUGCUUAAUGUGCCAUCAGCUAUAAAUUCGACGAUGUUUGGGAUGCUCAAAACUCGUGCCGCUUCUCCGGAACUACGUAGCGAAAACUACGGAGCGGGGCGACCAGAAAUCAACCGAGCUAAAUUGCGACGCAGCCGUUCGGCAUGCGAUCUGAACCGGAGGGACUUCCAUCGACCAAAACACGUUCCCUCGCUCUCGAAACCGGCCAAUAUCAAUGCCAAGACUGUCGCGCUGAUGGCAAGCAGCGGUCUGGUGCGCCCGGUCAGUGCGAACACUGGCCAGCAAGGCAAAGGGAAUGGAAACGUCGGAGGUGGGUUAUUGCGAAGGAGCCGAUCAGUCGGUGAUAUCGCAAUAAAAUCCAAUCUAUCGAACGCUUCCACGACGUCUUCGAGUACUACCUCAAGCCUCUUCAAGCGACCACCGACCUCUUCCAACGGUAGCUCCGGUGUUCCAGCCAAAAUGUCCAAGAUGACCACAGGAUCCGCUUCCUCACAGACUGGGAUAUUCAAAUCAACUGGUCAAAAAGUAGUAACGAAGCCUGGUGGCGUAACUGCCCCGUUGCGAAAGGCAGCUCCGGCCUCCAAGGUGGCCAGUAUGAUCAAUGGGACCGGCGGUACCGGUAGAAGCGGCAUAACGGUUUCAAGCGGACCGAAGGUAGCAAACGGUGGAGCGACAGGCGCCGCGGCAAAGCAAAGUGCCGCCAAAUCCAUGAACAAACGAAUCCCACCCUAUGACUAUAAGGCACGGUUCGCUAAUCUCCAGGAGAAGCAUAAACUGCUGGUAGAAAAAUACGAGAAGCUGCACGAACAGCACGCAAGCCGUGAAACGUUGCAGGAGAUGUACGAUGAGUGCUCCCAGGAGUUGGAUGAGCUGAAGCAACGCCACGAGCAGCUACUGUGCGAGAUGAGCAGUUCACUGGACGAAAAGCGCUCACUAGAGGCAUCCAACGCACAGCUUACUACUGCUCUAGAACGAUCGGAGGCUGAUUUGACUAUGUAUCGGGAUAAAUAUGCGACAGCCAGCAAAGAGCUUGUCGAGCUGAAACAACAGCUGGUGAAGCUAUCGGAACGCUCGAACUUCUUUGAGAUGGAGAAUUUGGCGCUGCUAGAAACGAACCAACGAAAUGCGGAACUGUUGUUUCAGGCAAACAUUGAGCGUAAGGAUCUACACAACAUGGUCAUGGACUUGCGGGGCAACAUUCGCGUAUUUUGUCGCGUGCGACCACCACUGUUACCAUCGGAGGAGCAUCGGAUCGAGUGUGGGUGGAAGUAUUUGGACGAGCAGUCACUUGAGCUACUGGCCAUGGACGGUACUGGCAAACGCCACGAGUUCAGCUUUGAUCACGUGUUUCAUGCUCGCACUCGGCAGGAAGAUAUCUUUGAAAACGUGUCUCCUCUCAUUCAAUCCGCCCUCGAUGGCUACAAUGUGUGCAUCUUUGCAUACGGCCAGACGGGAAGUGGCAAAACCUACACCAUGGAUGGUGUUCCCGACAGUCUGGGCGUGAUUCCACGCACGGUUGAUCUGAUCUUCAAUGCGAUCAAUGAUUAUAAGCGCUUUGGCUGGGAGUAUGAGAUUCGGGUAAACUUUCUGGAAAUCUACAACGAAGUCCUGUACGAUCUGCUCGACACAACCGGCACGACAAAGGAACUGGAGAUCAAGAUGGCGAGUGCCAAGAACAAAACCGAGGUGUACGUGUCGAACAUUAUCGAGGAAACGGUCGAAUCGCCGGCUCGGCUCCACCAGCUGAUGAGCAUUGCCAAGAUGAACCGUGCAACGGCUGCGACAGCCGGUAACGAGCGAUCGUCGCGAUCGCACGCCGUUACGAAGAUCAUGCUACUCGGUACGCACCAGGAGAAGGGCGAGACGUGUGUUGGUUCGGUGAAUUUGGUCGAUUUGGCCGGUUCCGAGAGCCCGAAAACGAGCACGCGAAUGGACGAGACGAAGAACAUUAACCGCUCGCUGAGCGAACUCAGCAACGUCAUACUGGCGCUCGUGCAGCGUCACGAUCACGUACCAUACCGCAACUCGAAGCUCACACAUCUGCUGAUGCCGAGUCUGGGGGGUAACUCGAAGACACUGAUGUUUGUGAACGUGGCCCCGUUCCAGGACUGUCUUACCGAAACGGUUAAAUCAUUGCGUUUUGCUUCUCAGGUCAAUUCCUGCAAAAUGCAAAAAGUACGGAAAAACAAGGUUCUCAGCAGUGUGUAAUUACUGCUUGGGAAUACUUACACUUCAAUCGCGCCACACAACUCUCAGAGAGUCGUAGCCCAUCUGGAGUAGUAAACAGGCGUCCGUUCUAUUAUUUUGUAUUUUUAUUAUUAGUAGUAGAGACUUUUGUUGCACAAGACGCGCCUAGAGUAAAUUUUGUUUUUUUUUUCGAACUUUAAUUGAUUACUAUGUUUCGGCGACUAGUGGGUCCUGUAUCCUUUCCUCGAAAGCCGCGCUUCUCCAAUCAACGAUCACGACAAGUGGUCUUGUAUGUCUUGUCGCUUAAAACGUAAACUAUGGAACAAUAAAGAUUAUAAGGUUUUACCAUAAAUUUUGCCUGGCAUGGUCUCCACUUGCUGUUGUGCAAGAUUCUGUUUGCUUAACAGAAUAGCUCGAUUUCUUCAAAUACAUGCAACGCCGUAUUCAGUACCAUCAGCAUAAGCGAGUAGUCAAGUCCUACGGCGAUCCAAUCAAGGAUCUCUUUACGAAUUCUUUUAAAUAUGAUCAACAAAGAUACUGCAAUCCGCACGGUGAGCAUUACGGCCGAGAUCAACACGCCCACGACGAGAAACACAUGCCUUGGUCCGGAGAAAGCCCACGCGGAUGAACGUGUUCCUACCCGGUAGUAGUUAUACACCUGGACCAAAUUAAUCAUCAGCAUCGUAAUCCAGUGCCAGGGAAAUUCUUUCCGUACUUUGUCUAACAAUUUGGGGCCA